GUUUCUCGCUCCCUGUCAAUAAUCCCGGAUCCCAGACUUCUCCGUUCCUCCGGAUUUCGAUCCCCCUUUUUCUAUCUGUCAAUCAGCGCCGCCUUUGAACUGAAAAGCUCUCAGUCCAACUUCAACUCACUCAAACCCGAGCGGCACAGGCUCCCCAUAUCCGCGGCGACUGCCCCCCCGUCACAGCUGACUUCUGGGCUUGGUUUGUUGCAUUAUUUUUUUUUUUUACCCCCCUGCAGCCCCCCCUCCCCACGGUUUAUAUAUUUUUUAUUAUUAUUAAUUUUUCCGCGAGUGCGUGCGCGGGUGUGCGUGUGCGCGCAGCGCACGCCGAGCAGCUCCCGGGAAGAAAGAAAGAGAAAAUCCCGAAGAAGGAAAGGAAGAAGCCUAAAGUCACUGGUGCAAAGGAGCAAAGAAGAGACAUUUCCCUCCCCUCCUCCUCCCUCUUUUCCCCUCCCCAGGAGGAAAGAGAAGGGGAAAAAAAGAAACUUUCACCUUGGACUCUUCUUUUUUUGGUGCAAACUUUCCCCCCCCCUCCCCUCUUCUUUUUCCUUUUUUCCCCCCCAUUCCCCUCCUUUUUUUUUUUUUCUUCUUUUGUUUUUCCCCUUCCCCUUUUUGCAAAAUUGCUGCUGGUGGGGUGAGGCAGGAGGAAAAUGCCGCAGCUGAACGGCGGUGGAGGGGACGACCUGGGCGCCAACGAUGAACUGAUCUCUUUCAAAGACGAAGGGGAGCAGGAGGAGAAGAUCUCCGAGAACUCCUCGGCGGAGAGGGAUUUAGCUGAUGUCAAGUCGUCUCUCGUCAAUGAAUCAGAAACGAAUCAAAACAGCUCCUCAGACUCGGAGGCGGAGCGGCGGCCCCCGCCUCGGUCCGAAACUUUCAGAGAUAAAUCCCGGGAAAGUUUAGAGGAAGCUGCGAAGAGGCAAGAUGGAGGGUUGUUUAAGGGCCCACCAUACCCGGGUUAUCCCUUUAUAAUGAUCCCCGACCUCAGCAGCCCGUAUCUGCCCAAUGGAUCGCUCUCUCCGACGGCGAGAACGUAUCUGCAGAUGAAAUGGCCACUGCUUGAUGUUCAGGCAGGGAGCCUUCAGAGUAGACAAGCCCUCAAGGAUGCUAGGUCUCCAUCUCCAGCACACAUUGUUUCUAACAAAGUGCCAGUUGUGCAGCACCCACACCAUGUACACCCUCUUACGCCGCUUAUCACAUACAGCAAUGAGCACUUCACACCAGGAAACCCUCCUCCACACUUACCAGCUGACGUAGAUCCCAAAACAGGAAUUCCAAGGCCUCCACAUCCUCCAGAUAUAUCUCCUUAUUAUCCAUUAUCACCGGGCACUGUAGGACAAAUCCCCCAUCCGCUAGGAUGGUUAGUACCACAGCAAGGUCAGCCAGUGUACCCAAUCACGACAGGGGGUUUCCGCCACCCUUACCCAACAGCUCUGACUGUCAAUGCUUCCAUGUCAAGCUACUUUUGUCAGAGGGUGGGAAGGCACUUGGACAAUCCACUUGGAGAUUUGUGUCUGUUUCCUCCACACAUGGUCCCGCCACACCAUAGUUUACAUACAACUGGAAUUCCUCAUCCGGCCAUAGUCACACCAACAGUCAAACAGGAAUCUUCCCAGAGCGACGUCGGCUCACUCCACAGCUCAAAACAUCAGGACUCCAAAAAAGAAGAAGAGAAAAAGAAGCCACACAUAAAGAAACCUCUUAAUGCAUUUAUGUUGUAUAUGAAGGAAAUGAGAGCAAAAGUUGUAGCAGAAUGCACAUUGAAAGAGAGCGCAGCCAUCAACCAAAUCCUCGGUCGAAGGUGGCACGCGUUAUCCAGAGAAGAACAAGCGAAAUACUAUGAACUAGCAAGAAAGGAGCGACAGCUUCAUAUGCAGCUGUACCCGGGCUGGUCUGCACGGGAUAACUAUGGAAAGAAGAAGAAGAGGAAAAGGGAUAAGCAGCCAGGAGAGACCAAUGACCUGAGCGCUCCUAAGAAAUGCCGAGCGCGCUUUGGCCUUGAUCAACAGAAUAACUGGUGCGGCCCCUGCAGAUGCAAAUACUCCAAAGAAGUGUCGGGCAUUGUUCGGGCUUGACCGACAGAGUUUAUGGUGCAAACCAUGCAGGAGAAAAAAAAAGUGCGUUCGCUACAUACAAGGUGAAGGCAGCUGCGUCAGCCCACCCUCUUCAGAUGGAAGCUUACUAGACUCUCCUCCGUCCUCCCCUGCCAUGCUCGCCUCCCCCUCCAGAGACUCGAAACCACAGACUGAACAAACACAACCCCUCUCGCUCUCAUUGAAGCCCGACCCGCUGGCACACCUGGUGAUGAUGCCACCGCCAUCCUCGCUCGUCCUCGCCGAGAGCGCUGCGAGCAAGCCCGGCGCCCUGCCUGCCGCCAGCUGCCCCAACGGGGCCCUGGACCACCCGCCGGCCGCCCUCCCGCCGGCCGCCGCCGCAUCCCUAGCACAGCCCUCGACGUCCUCCUUGCAUUCCCACAGCUCGCUGGCAGGGACACAGCCCCAGCCGCUCUCCCUCGUAACCAAGUCCUUAGAAUAGCUUUAGCCUCGUUAGCCCUUUCGGUUUUCUUCGGGGGGAUUGAAUUCUGUUGGUGUUUGGGGUUUUGGUUUUUUUUCCUUUUCUUUAUUUUUUUUUUCCUUCUCCUCCUCGUUGUCGUCCGCUGUUUGUCGUCGUUUCUUGGUUUUGUUUUUAAUUCGUGCCAUGUGGCUACAUUAGUUGAUGUUUUAUCGAGUUCAUUGGUCAAUAUUUGACCCAUUCUUAUUUCAAUUUCUCCUUUUUAAAUAUGUAGAUGAGAAAAGCCUCAUGAUUCUGCCAAAAUUUUUAUCAACAGCUGUUUAAAGUCUUUGUAGCGUUUAAAAAAUAUAUAUAUAUACAUAAUUGUUAUGUAGUUCCAAUAGCUUAGUUUUAAAGACUGAUUUUAAAAAUUAAAAAAAAAAAAAGAAGCAAUUUUGAAGCAGCCCUUGCCGGAGGCAUUGGUUCUUUAUUAUUUGUAUUAAAUACGAGCUUGCGAACCAAUCAUUUUACAUCUGGUUUUUAAACCUUUAAGGGCACAACGAAUGCAGUGCCGCUACUACUUCUUUUUUUUUUUCUUCCUUGUGUGAAACAACCUUUAUUGUGAUGUUACUUGUUAUUGUUUAAAUGUACAGAAACAAAGGGUUAAAAAAUGUGUUAAUAUACCUUGUUCCAUGGUGUUGUUCUUUUUGGGGGAGGGGACGCUACUCAACAAUUAAAAGUAUCACAACGCUAUUGGACCAGUAGUAUUUAUUGCUUUAGAAAUUGCUUGUUGUAUCUGUAUGUUGUCCCUUUUAAAAUGUUUUUUUCUUCCUUCUUUUUCCUUGAAACAUUGUAUAAAGGGUUUUUUUUUUCCCUUAGUGUAAGCAUCUUAUAUAUAACAACUCAUUUGUACAAGGUUUUUAAGUUUAUAUAUAAAUGUGUAUAUAUAUAUUUUUUCCGGGAUUUUGUUUUUGAUUUCUUUUCGUGAUUUUUUUUUUUUUUUUUGUGCUAUAUGAAAUACAGUUGCCACCAAAUGGACAUUUGCAGAUGCAUUUUUUCAAGGAUCAAUAGUGUAAAAAAUAAAAUUGCUUUAAAAGCCAUUACACACAAAAAGACUUGAAAAUUUAGCAAGGGAAUUUUUAGCAACGCUGUUUGGAAAAAUAGCAAGGUCCAAAUGUCUCCCGUUCAGAACUGCAGCUGAAUCCCCUGCGACAUUAGGACUGUAGGCUGUGUGCAAAAUUUUUAUGUGCCAAAAUUCUCAGUGACUUUUAACUUUCUCCCGACAACUUUAUUAUUUUUUUUAAUGCUGUAAUUUUUUUGUUCAUCAUGUUUUGCUGUGAUGUUACAUAGGUAGAUAUGUAUGUAGUUUUAAUGUCACCUAUAACAGACGUGUUUGGUAGCAGAUUGUCCGGAAAGCAUUUAAAAUGAAGAGGUAUAAACCCUUAAGGGCCAAAUUCUGUAUAUUAGAUUAUUCAUAAAAGGAAAAUCAGACUGCCACUUUUAUGUACACUUACUACAUACAGGUAGGUAGCAAACUUAAAACAAAAAAAAAACUAGGCAUGUUGAUGUUGCAAAAAACGCUGUAUAAAGCUGAAAAAUUGUUCAUCUGUUCAUUCAGUGCCAUUGUAGUUGACAUGAAGCGAUUGUAAAACUGUCUCAGAUUUUUCUCUGGUUUAUUAAGAUGCUAACUAUAACAUUUUUUGUGAAUACUUUGAAUGUUUCCUAACAGUUGUGAUGUUACUGUUCCGUUUUAUGCUCUUAUUCCGAUUUUCAUUUUUAAUGGUUUGGAAGCCAUUUUUUGUAAUGAAUAAAUGUUCAUGCUGUACAGUAUCUGUAGCAUGCAGUUCUGGAUUAAUAAAAGCAACUUAGUAUGUGCA